GAAACUUCCUGGCCAACCCGGGCCCUGAGCAACUCGUGCCGAUCAGACUUGAGUUCAAUGUGGAGCAUCAUAAGAUGUGCGAGACCUUUGUAUGGAAUCUGAAUGAUCCUUCCAUCACUCCUGAGCAUUUUGCGCAGAUGCUCGUCAAGGAUUAUGCGCUACCCUGGAGUUAUCACGGCGUCAUCACGCCACGUUGACGGCGACUGGAAAAGAAGUGCGUCGUUUUUAUAUUGCUGUCAUUUAUCUACUGACUAUUGCUAUCCUUGCUCUGACUUCCUGCACUUACUUCACGAGUUCCCUAGUAUGUCGCACAGACUUGUGAAUCGAUACUUAUCGCAAAAUCAUACCAGAUAAAAACAAUACAGCAGGAACCACACACCGAUAGGUGGCCUGUCGUUACUCGAUCUUUUGAAAGUAGAUGCCACUCUUAUGGCAACCCGAGCGCCAAGC